CUCUAUCUCCAACAUUUCCACCAUUUGCUGUGCAAUACCCACUUGCCUGUUCUCAAUGGCUACCAUCAUUUUAAGGUCAAAUGAAGUGGUUCAUGCCUUGAUCUUGUUCUGUCUCUUCCUGAUGCUGCACAACUGUCGUGCCUAUGAAUUCAUUGUUGGAGGCCAAAAGGGUUGGAGUGUGCCAAGUGACCCCAAUUCUAACCCUUAUAGUCAAUGGGCACAAAAGAGCAGAUUUCAAAUAGGAGACUCUUUAGUGUUCAAUUACCCUUCUGGCAAAGACUCAGUGAUUCAAGUAAGCAGCAAAGACUAUGACAGUUGCAACACUGAUGCAUACGCUGAAAAAUUCUCAGACGGCCACACAGUGAUCAAGCUCAGCCAAUCAGGGCCUCACUACUUCAUCAGUGGAAACAAAAACAACUGUCUCAAAAAUGAGAAACUGGUGGUCAUUGUGCUGGCUGACAGGAACAACAAAAAUACAUACACUAACCAAACAAGUCCUUCACCUUCUCCUUCUCAGUUUACAACACAAUCAGUAGCUCCAUCCCCAGCACCUUCUCAGCAACAGGUUCCAUCUCCAGUGGCAGCACCUCCUCAGCAAGAGGCUGCUUCUCCGCCAUCUCCACCCUCUAACCAAACACCAGCUCCAGCUCCUGUUACUGACCAACCUUCUCCUCCUUCUCCUCCUCACAAUGCUGCUUCCUCAAUUCUGGUCAGUUUUGCUGGUUCUGUUGGAGCAUUAUUCAUGGCCUCAGUUCUGUUUUUCUCUUUGUAAGUGGAGUGUAUGAUGUUGUAUGAGUGGUUGAGUAUAAUUUUUUUAGUUUUACUUUUUUUUCUUCCACAAAUUUUCUUUUUUCCUAUAUACUUUGAGUUCAGUGUUAUUAAACUGAACUUUGUUCCAAAGUUGGGAUGGUAUUUGAUAUUUGUUUGUGAAAAUUGAAAAAUAAGCUGACAAAAUAUGUACCCUUUUGUGUGUUCGUAUUUGAUGAUUGUAAAAGUAUGAUGUAUACAUGUUGAUCUUGAAAUAAAGUAAAGCUAUUUUUAA